UAUGAAAAGAAAGUGAAAACAGAUGAUAACAAGGAAGCUCUUAAACUGAACAAAAGUACGCAUUCUCGAUCAAAUCUUUGGCUCACAUUUUCGCGAUUUUCAAUUUCCAUUCAUUCAUUGUGCGCUCUUAUUCAAUCAUCAUCAUGUCAACCUAACAAUUGAAAAAUCACAAAAAAAGACGAAAAGUUCAUCUCAAAUAUACCUUUCAAUUUUCAUUCAAUUUUUGUUGGAAUAAAAUAAAUUCCAUAAUUUUUCUGUAAACCAAAUUCGCAAUAAACUUAACUUUCAAUUCGUUUUCAAAAUCAUAUCAUUCCUUGCAUAUCCAUAAACUUGUGAUUGAACAAGUGAUUGUCUUUAAGAAUAGAACUCAAUCAAUCGAUAAAUUUCAAGAAAUUAAAGUGAAGCAAAUUCUGUGCCACUCGGAGUAAUAAACGUUACAAGAAAAGAAAAGUUUCUUAAAUUUCGAUCAAAAAAUAAACGCAAGGAUUACACCAUUAGCCAUGCCGAUGAGUCAAAGGGAAGUUGACUGUAGUCUGGUUGAGAAUCGAAAUUCAAUUUUUUGUAAAAUCUUGCCUCUGGGACUUCCUUUUGAUAUAACUGAACGUGGAAAGGAUGGUAAACUCUAUCAGAUUCACAUCAAAACUCAAUCGGCAGAUACAGUUUUGUACAUUUCGGCUGUCGUUGCUGUUUACGUUCUGGUUGUAAUUGUUUUACUGGCAACCCAAUUUUUGGAGCGAGGAGGAAAUCGUCAAAGUCGAUUAUCGAUUCCGUUCAAGAAAAAUACCUUUCUUCUUUGGGACUCGUCUGAUGGAGCAAAUUGUUCGUUAGAGUCUAUGGAUGAUGACAGCAUUGUUGUCUGACUGUUAUCUGUGUUUAGUUUUGCAUAUACAUUCAUGUAAACUGUUGGCAUAUCAUUUUACAGUUUGAAGAAAGCUGAAAAAAAUGUGGAAAUUUGAAUAAAAUUAUUGUAAAAAAUGAA